GCUACAGCCUCACUUUUACUCGUCGGUCAACCGUUGGAAGCGCUGGAAGUGCUGCGUAUCAUUUCGUUAGUCGGUUGCAUAUAGGUUUUGUUAUCUCUGAUUCCUCCACUUACUCGCGUGAGGGCACAAACGCGAGACUCGUACUUCGUGGGUGCGGGAGCCGAUUCGUGAUCCACGCUGGCGACGACAGCCUACAAGGAUUACGCGGACGGUCAAAGACGCGCAACAGUCAACAGCUCAGGUGGUUCAGAAUCGUGCUGAACUUCAAACGAAACGGUUCGGGCGGAAUUUACCUUGCAGUGAGGUGUACGUGUUUGCUAGGAAAACAGUAGAACAACAACAUCAUGUCGAACAUCAGUGCAUUCUAUCGCGACAAGGUCGUAUUCGUAACCGGUGGAACUGGAUUUAUAGGGAAAAUUGUGGUGGAAAAGUUGCUACGAACAAGUGGUGUGAAGGAAAUCAUUCUACUGGUGCGCGAAAAGAAAAAUACCCUGCCAGAGCAGAGAAUACGAGAAUUAUGUUCGUCUCCAGUAUUCGACAAACUUUCGAUCAGGUCACCGGAGUACAAGGACCGAAUAAAGGUUGUGGAAGGCAGCCUCGAAAAGGAAGGCCUCGGUUUAUCACCGGAGAGUGCACAGUACCUACAGGAACGGGUGAAUGUAAUCCUACACAUUGCUGCCACCGUCAAAUUCGAUGAGGAAAUCGUGAAGUCGAUUACACUCAACCUGGGUGGAACGAGGGAAGCACUGGAGAUCGGCAAAGGUUGCAAGAGUUUACAGAGUUUUAUCUACGUUUCCACGGCCUAUUCACACAGCUAUCGGGAUCACAUCGAGGAGCAUAUUUAUUCAUUGGAUGUCGACCCAGAAAAGAUUCUAGCGAACAUGGAUGACGAGAAAAUGAGAGCGGAAGUUUACAAGUAUUCGCUCAAGUGGCCCAACACUUACACCUUCACGAAGGCACUGGCGGAGGUCAUUUGUCAAAACUAUCGUCAGUUCUUCCCGGUGGCGGUGGUCCGACCAUCCUGCGUAAUGCCCGCGCUGGAUGAACCCAUACCCGGUUGGUGUGACAGUAUAUAUGGAUCUAACGGAACAUUCAUCGGAUGGUACUAUGGAUUGAUUCGGACGAGCCAAAUCGACCCACAAGUGCAGAUCGAUACUGUUCCGGUGGAUUACGUUUGCAACACGAUACUAGCCGUAGGAUGGAAAACGUUUGUCACAAAAGAUCAGGAGAAAGAGCUACUCAUAUAUAAUUGCACUAGUUCCACGGAUAAUCCUCUAACAUUUGAUGAACGACGUCGCGAAUGUGAAAAGGUUAUUAGAAAGUACCCACUGGAGACCGGACUCUACCGACCGAUCACGGUAUGUACCACUAGUGAAACGAUGUUCCGGGUGUAUUCGCUUUUCCUACACUACCUGCCAGCGUUCGUAAUGGAUACAGCGUUAAGGCUUCGCGGGGAAAAGCCGAAACUAGUGAGCACAUACCAAAAAUUAGACAAAGUUGUUGAAACGGUCAAAAAGUUCGCGUUCACCACCUUUCUAUUCGACAACCAGAACAUGCGGGAGUUGUACAUUCAAAUGAACUCGACGGAUCAUCGACACUAUCCAUGCGACAAUCGGACCUACAGCUGGCGGCUAUAUUUUGAGCGUAUCAUCCCAGGCUUGAAAAAGAAUUUCUUCAAGGAGGACCUCAACAACGUCGAGAGAGCUCGUCAGAUUCUGCGAAACAAGGAGCUGGCCGUUAAUAGCGUGCUAGCGAUAGUUUUCGGACUAAUAAUGCUUCAAUUAUUGUGUUUGAUGUAA